AUGCCUCCCUCAACGCCGCAGCCGGCGGAUGACUCUCAUCAGCAGCUCCUCGAUCAGAUGGACAUCUACUACGCGCCAAAGCCCUUUCGCAACGCCACCUGGAAGCCCAGCACGCGCCGAAACAAAAAUACCAAACAAAUCAUUUCCGAGUCGCAGCGCAAAGAAGCCUCAGUCCUCGCAACCCAGAACAACUCUGGCGCAUCAACGCCUAACCCGGCCACUGGCGCGACCUCAGAUGGUGCCGCGACACCAGCAUAUUCUUCCGCGGCCUCGCGGCCCCUAAACGUGGCACAGGCAACGCAAAGCUUGAGUACACUGGUCUUGGAGCGGAAUUUGCAAAGGGCCGCGAAUGGUCCUGUCGCCGGGUUGGGAGGCCCGGCGGUCACUUACACGAAUAUCGAGAGCGCUCCGAGUCUACACCCUGCAAAUCACAAACACUACUGCGAUAUCACAGGCUUACCUGCCAAAUACACGGACCCGAAGACAAAGUUAAGAUACUACAAUACAGAAAUAUUUGGCGUGGUGAGAACCUUGCCGCAGGGGGCUCCCGAUCAAUAUCUGGCUGCAAGAGGCGCAAACGUGAUCUUGAAAUAA